AAAGCUAUGUUAAGGUUGUUCCAGAGAAUGAUGUUGGUGUUUAGGAACUUCCAAUGGCGGAGGACAAAUCUAUGGAGGGUGAGAGAGAGAAGCAGAUCACAUCUCUCAACCAGAAACCAUUAUCAGAAGAAGAAAGGAAGGCAAGGAUCGGAGGGAAAAAGCCCGAACAUUCGGCGGCACGGUUAUUGAAAUCGCCGGUUUUAUUCUCAGGCGGCGUUUGGCCGCGGAUUCUGAGACUGAAAAUCUGAGAACAAUCCUUCAUUUCCACUCCACGACGAAGAAACGCCAUGUCUUCUCAGAAUCAUGAACGAAAAAGGAUUUAUCAAGUCUGGCCCGGCAAAAAUAAAUUUUGCUGUGGAGGAAGACUAGUGUUUGGUCCAGACGCAUCGUCGCUUCUUUUGACCACAUGUAUGAUAGGAGGGCCAGCUAUCACUUUCUGCAUCAGGAUGGCUUAUUUAAUCAGAAAUCGCCACCCUUUAUUCCAUUCUCUGGUUCUGAUGGGUGCAAUUCUUCUCACAAUCUUGGAUUUCAUAUUUCUCUUCUUGACAUCCACAAGAGACCCCGGGAUUAUCCCAAGGAACAAAGAAGCUCCUGAGGCAGAAACGCCUGAGGUUGUUACCCAAUCUUUGGAAUGGGUGAGUGACAAACUAGGAGGAAAUGCGAAACUACCUCGAACAAAAGAUAUAAUGGUGAAUGGCUUCACCGUCAAAGUUAAAUUCUGUGAUACAUGUCAGUUAUACCGUCCUCCUCGCGCUUCUCACUGCUCAAUCUGCAACAACUGUGUCCAAAGGUUUGAUCAUCACUGUCCAUGGGUAGGUCAGUGCAUUGCCUUGCGUAACUAUCCAUUCUUCGUCUGUUUCUUAUCAUGUUCAACCCUCCUCUGCAUCUACGUCUUUGUCUUCUCAUGGGUCAGCUUACUUGAAGUCCAUGGCGAAUUCUAUCUCGUCCUCGCUGAUGACAUAAUAUUAGGUGUUCUUGCUCUCUACUGCUUUGUUUCCGUCUGGUUUGUUGGUGGACUUAGUGUCUUCCACUUCUACCUAAUCUGCACCAACCAGACGACUUGUGAGAAUUUCCGGUACCACUACGAUAAGAAGGAAAACCCUUACCGAAAGGGGAUCUAUAACAACUUCAUGGAGCUGUUCUUUGCCAAAAUCCCACCGCCUUUGGUCAAUUUCAGAGAUUGGGCGCCAGAAGAAGAAGAAGACGAUGUGGAGGUCGGAUCCAUCGCCUCUGAGCUAGGCAGAGCCUUUAGUCCCCAAGACACGGAAACGAGCAGUGACAAGCCUGAUCAUAAUAACUCUCAAUUUGCACCUUCAGAAACUGGAGUGUGGCAACGGCAACAACAGUGACGCAACUGUCAAGAAGACAAGUGUGGAUGAAGGAACUGCAGCGAGCGAAUGGUUUGGUUUACAAAGGACCAGCGAAUUUAAGGAGAAAAUCGAGCGUGGAAAUGUGAGAUCAAGAUAGGGCAAGGAACAGACAAAACAGGUGUAAAGUCUUACUUCUGUAAUUUGAAGCCAUGUGUCUCUCUCUCAAAUGACUUUUAAACUUAUUAGCAUUUCGAACAGAAGUUAGGAGAAUUAGUAUAUAUAUAGUGGUUUCUCGCUUGGUAAUUCA